GGGCCCCGAGGAUAAACGGGGGGAUCAAACAACCAACAGACCCACCGACCCCAGGAGCCAGAGCCGCGGGACCCCGGAAACACAAGGCUCCCCUCUCGCUGCAGGUGAAUCGCCAUGAAGGAGGAGAUGCUUAUCUUGCCUGAGUCCCGGGAAGGAAAGAAGAGCGGACUGAGCAGUUACUUCUCAACAUCUGCCUCCUCUCCGACCAAGAAAGUGCCGAAACUAUGCGGAACCAACUACCCCCUGAGUAUCAUGUUCAUCGUCGUCAACGAGUUCUGCGAGCGAUUCUCCUACUAUGGAAUGAAAGCGGUUCUCACCUUGUAUUUCCUCAAUUACCUGCACUGGGAUGAAAACCUGUCGACGACUGUGUAUCACGCCUUCAGCGGCCUCUGCUACUUCACCCCCCUCAUUGGCGCCCCCAUCGCCGACGCCUGGCUUGGGAAGUUCAACACCAUCUUUUACCUGUCAAUCCUCUACGUCAUUGGGCACGUGAUAAAGUCAGUGGGUGCCAUCCCUACGGUGGGGAGUACCGAGGUGCACGUGGCUCUGUCUAUAAUUGGCCUGAUUGCCAUUGCGUUUGGCACGGGUGGGAUUAAACCCUGCGUUGCUGCCUUCGGAGGGGAUCAGUUUGAGGAGGAGCAUGCGCAAGAACGCAGCAAAUUCUUCUCCAUCUUCUACCUGUCCAUCAACGCCGGGAGUCUCAUCUCCACCUUUGUGACCCCCGUACUCCGAGGGGACGUUAAGUGCUUCGGAGGCGACUGCUACGCGCUGGCGUUUGGGGUCCCGGCUGCCCUGAUGUUUGUGGCCCUGAUUGUGUUUGUCGCUGGAAGCGGGAUGUACAAGAAAUACCCACCCCAGGGCAACAUCCUCGCCUCAGUGUUCCGCUGCAUUGGGUUUGCGCUGAAGAACCGCUGGAGGCAUCGAUCCAAGCAGUACCCCAAGAGAGAGCACUGGUUGGACUGGGCCGAGGAGAAGUUUCAAAAAAGACUCAUCACAGAAGUGAAAAUGGUGACCAAGGUGCUUUUCCUCUACAUCCCGCUGCCCAUGUUCUGGGCUCUGUUCGACCAACAGGGCUCCCGCUGGACUCUGCAGGCUACAAGGAUGAACUCGGACUUUGGGGGAUUCGUCCUACAGCCGGACCAGAUUCAGAUCCUCAACCCUCUCCUCAUCCUCAUCCUCAUCCCUAUCUUCGACCUUUGCAUUUAUCCUCUGGUCAGAUGCUGCAAGAUCGAUUUCAAGGCCAUCCCCAAGAUGGCUAUUGGCAUGAUCCUGGCAGCACUGGCAUUUGCGGUGGCAACUGUUGUUGAGAUUAAAAUCAAUGAAACUCUGCCCCCGGUGCCCAAAGCCCAGGUGAGUUACCUGCAGGUUCUAAAUCUCGCUGGUGGUGACGUUGAUGUCGACAUCCCAGGGUUUGAGAUCAUCAAACAGCCCAGCCUGUACGGUGCCAAUGCGUUGGAUCCAGACUACGUGAAACUGGAACUCACCACCGCACACAAUAACUUUGAUGCCAAACUGACAGUCGGAGCAGUAACCGCAGACUGCCCCAUCCACAUCCAAGAGAAAAGCAGCUACAGCCUCCUUGUCUACGGCGACAACCUGAACUGCGAUCUGAUUGAAGAAUCCCAAACCAAACCAGCAAAUGGCCUGGCAGCGGUCAGGUUUAUAAAUAUGCUCAACCGUGAUAUCAAUGUGACGAUCGGAGAAUCCACUGUCAGCGCCAAGGGGAACAAUGGGGUGUCCCCGUACAUCACUGUGAAGAGAGGAAAGAUAACGGCAACCUACCCGGCUGGAGCCGAACAACAAGAACUGGACCUUGGGUUACUGAACUUUGGUGCUGCUUAUUCAGUCAUACUCGUUAGGGAUUUGGGGGACACCAUUGAGUUUAAGAAGACAGAAGACGUCUCGGCCAACAGUUUCCAUGUGGCCUGGCAGGUCCCCCAGUAUGUGCUGCUCAGCGCGGGGGAAGUCAUGUUCUCCGUCACCGGCCUGGAAUUCUCUUACUCCCAGGCUCCUAUCAGUAUGAAGUCAGUGUUACAGGCGGGGUGGCUGUUCACCAUCGCCAUCGGAAAUGUCAUUGUGCUGAUAGUGGCGCAGGCCGGGUCCCUCGCGCAGUGGGCGGAGUUUAUCCUGUUUGCCGCCCUUCUGGUUGCCGUUUGCAUCAUCUUCUCCAUCAUGGGCUACUUCUAUGUCCCGGCCAAUCCCGACGACCUGAAGGAGGAGGAGGAGCUGGAGAAGAAGCAGCUGCCGGAGGGGGAGCCCAGCGCCAUCCCCAUGGAGGAAAGGAAGACCAAGAUGUAACCGACGUUUCAUCCUCAUCCUUCUUCUCCUUGGAAGCACAGUGAUUGGCUCGUUAUUUUUUCGUUUUCUUUUUCUCCGCUUGGGCAUUUGAACCCACACCUUGCUGGGCUGGGGGGAGGAGUUAACUCUUUAUACUGGGACCAAACUUCUAACAUGCUCCUCCCCUGCCUGUGAUGGUGUCCUCCACUUCAACUUCCUCUCAGAGGAUUCUGGGAGCUGUAGUCCAGCAACAUCCCUAGGGUGCCCAAAUAUUCUCCCACCAGUGUUUUUAUUCCACAUGGACGUUCUGAUUUGUACAGAUUUGUGAUAAUUGAUAGUAUUUCUGUAAAUUUCCAUGCACUUUAUGAAUAAAAGAGUCUUUUCCUGGA